AUGGUUUCGGUUUUAACAGUUAUCAUACUUAUUAUACCCCUGUGUUUGACACAAGAGCUCUCAAAUAAAGACAUUUUAACCGAUAGACUACAAUUGGCUGCACUCCAAGUCAUUUCAUUUCAUUCAUUCAAUCACUCAUUAAAUGACGAAGACUUUGGACAAGACAUCAGUGGAGACAAUGAAACGACACUCAGAAGAAGUACCCGAUCGGUGGCAUCGGUCUCAAAGAUCCCUCAUUUGGACGCAACUAAUCGACUCAUUCCCGGACCGGAACUCACGAGAGCACAGAAGAUCUCUGAUGUUAUGAUCAAUUUGAAGGACAGAUAUGCUUUCCAACAGUCAUAUCUUCAGAAAGUCUUGGAUUCAUUAAGAUCUGCGGUGAGGCCUAACUCUAAUCGCGUGGUAAUGACAUCAAGCCUUAUAAGAAACCUCACGGUCUUCGGUGGAGUCAACGCCAAACAAAUCAAGACUUUGUCGACAAUUAUUUGGCAAAACUCGAGACUCACUGUCAAUGACCUGAAGUUUCGGUUCAGAGAUUUGGUGACUCUUAUCAAAGCCAUCGAACAGAGAAUUGUAAGACUUUUCCAAACGACUAGUGAUGUUGUGUUGAGGAACAGACACUCUCUUAUCACUGGACACAAGCGGUUUGUCGGACAUAACGAAGUCUCUGCUUUGAACACCACUUCUGUGAUCGUCGGUUCUGUCGGUCGACAAGAUUUGCGUCAAAUAAUGGGUAAUUUAUACCGGAAGAGCAGACCACAAGUCAUACGAGGCAUUAAACAUGUGGUCAAACCUAAUUUCGUCAAACAUUUCCUAAACUAUCGGCUUAUAAACGGAAUUGAUUUAAAUAAACAAAUCGUAACCACAAAUAGCCCUCAAAUUAUAUUCGGUAUAAUUGGUUUCAAUUCUCCAUUGAUUGUCGGCAAACACUUGCAAAUCAAGGGGCGGUUUAAUGGCCUUAAGGUGGAAGACCUGGUUUUCCUUAAUCGACCGGAAGUUGUAUUGUCUCCCAAACUAUUAACUUCGCCUCUAAUAAUAGCAAAUCAAGUCGAUUCAUUGACCAUCGAUGGUCUCAAUCUGCAGAAACUAACCCAAAGUGUUCUCCUCUCUAAUGGAUUUCCGCAAAGAGUUAACUCAAGACUAAUAAUCUUAAAGCCAUUAAACUCUAAGAAUAUAACAGUGAACGGAAUGGUCAAUCACAUUGACAUCUCUCUGAUGGCCUCCCAAUUGGUAUACAAGAACCGGCCGAUUCUGGUGAGAGGCAAAAAGUUCUUCAUUUUGGAUGACUUGCACGUUGAGAACAAUCUCAUUGUUGGCAAACGUUUAGACGGAUUCGCCAUCCCUUCUGAUCUGCUGUUAAGAAAUCGAAAUCAAUUCUUCAUUUUGGAUGACUUGCACGUUGAGAACAAUCUCAUUGUUGGCAAACGUUUAGACGGAUUCGCCAUCCCUUCUGAUCUGCUGUUAAGAAAUCGAAAUCAAGUCAUACGAGGAACAAAAUAUUUUAGAGGACAUACAGUUUUUGAGGGAAGGGUAACCGCUAAUGGUUUCGUCGACGGCUUGCGUUUACCACAAGAUAUAGUAACCCUCACUCGCAAUGAGACAAUUUUUGGACCAAUUGUUUUCCCGCAAAGCAUUGCCGCCAAUCAAGACAUCGAUGCCCGUCGUCUGGUCGAUGGCGUCGACUUAUCUGACUUAAGACAAUACACGAUAAAACUUAACGACAAACUCAUUCAGAGUAACGUUCACUUCCAUAAGACGGUUACUGUGGGCGCCGUUGAUUUGAUAGGCACUGUAAAUGAUAUCAAUUUGGGUCAUCUCAUGAGCGAAGCCAUCUUCACCGACAAUCCCGUCGUCAACAUAACGGGCACUAAAUAUUUCGGAUCACCCGUUCAGAUGAAGCAGUUGUUUGCCGAUCGGGUCAAUGGUGUCAACCUAUUUGAUCUGUUAUCUACCCGUCAAAACGAUGUCGUCUUAACGCCUAAAGUCUUUACAUCUGUCACUUCAAUCAAAUCACUGGAUGUGAAAGGCCUGGUCGGAGGCGCAAACAUCACUGAUCUCUAUAACAACAGAAUAUCUCUAACAAAACCCGAGACUAUAACCGGAACCAAGAAUUUUGUUGAAGAAAUCCAUGUGAGAGGCGGUCUGACUGUCAACAAAAUCGAUGGCAUGACUCCACAAAUUGAUUUUGUCCUCAAGUCGAGGCCUCAACACAUAACCGGCGCAAAGAUAUUCACUAAGACUUUGAAUGCAAAUAAGUUGGUCUCACAAAACCCAACGAGAGUUAAGGGAAGAGUUGACAACAUAUCGGUUAACGAACUCUACUCUCGAGUUAUACCGCUUAACGCCAACAAUACCUUUCCUCUGUCUGUAGUCCUAAUUAAUUGCAACUCAUCUCAUAUCCAAGUCUUCAGGGAUGUGAAUGGACUCAAUAUGACAGACUUUGCACACAAUGUGAUGUCUCUGACCCAACCGCAGGUGGUUUUCGCGCCCAAACAUCUGAGAGGUGAACAAACAUUUUUUCGGAUCGAGACAUCGAAAGGCAUUUCCGGUGUUUCGUUAUCUUAUCUGAAGGCAAAUGCUAUCCAUUUGAACCGAUUGACCCAAAUCAGAGCGCCCAUCACUUUCACACAUCCCGUUGUCUUCAAUAAACCUCUGGCACUGAACGGAGUGCUCAAUGGGAUCAAUACAACCUAUUUAGCCAAUGAUGCCGUCUAUAAGAAUAUAAAUAAUAUCAUUUCGGGACAAAAUGUAUUCAAAUCCGGUUUUCGAGUCAACGGAAACAUUCAUGCCUUCAGCUUCAAUGGCAUGGAUCUCUCAAACGAGUUAUUCACUAAAACUAGAGAUCAUGUAUUGAAACGAAAUGUUCAGUUCACGAGAAAUGUUCACAUAAACGGAGACAUCGGACUGAACGGCAGAAUCAAUGGACUCGAUCUCUCGGAGUUUAAUGAAAGGGUUAUGAAGACAAACACCAGGAAUAUCAUCGCCGGUAACUUAGAACUGAUUGGAUCGACAAAAGUGAUGACAAACAUCAAUAUCGAGGGAAGACUUAAUGGUAUCAAUUUGACUCAUCUCUUCAAUGAUGCCGUUUUCAUGAAUUCAAACCAAGAGAUAACUGGAGUCAAGACCAUUAUAGCUCCCGUCCAUGUGUUGGGACACUUGAACACUACAUCUCUUAAUAAUAUGAAUGUCCCGCACCUGUUGGGAGACAUCGUAUAUAUUAAUAGUAUUAACGAACAGUAUAUCUCUGCUCCCAAAGUCUUCACAAACGAUAUAUCAAUGUUUGGAUUGGCACAGAGUAAUGGUGUGGCCAUUAUGGGUCCAAUAAAUGGCAUUAAUUUACAAAAACUAGACGUAGAGACGAUUAAAAUAAAUAGAGCCACAAAUCUACGGACAGUUAAGAACUUUAAGGACUUCGUUAUAAUUGCCAAUAAUUGGACACAAAUUAUGGGCCGUAUUAAUGAAGUGGAUCUAAUGAGAGACGCCAUUCUUCUUCAUAGUAAUAACGGAGAACCUCAAGUAAUAAGCGGUAGGAAAGUCUUCGACCGUCUAAUCCUUAAUGAUAAUGCCAUAGUCAAUGGCUUGGUUAAUGGAUUCCCUCUCAAAGACAUCCAAAUGAAUACAUUUUUCAUAUCUAAUGAUCAGAGAAUAACAGGCCAUAAGAUAUUCCGGGGAUUACUUGAGUUGUCGUCUCCUUAUAAUAGCGUCAGAUUUCUGAAUGGGUUGAGAUUUCCCGAAGACUUCAUUACAUUAAAUGGGAAUCAAAAUGUGUCGGCACUCUUGACAUUUACUAACCCCUUAAUUAUCAGCAGAAAUCUAUUUGUCCGGGGUGAUGUAAGCAAUACCAAUCUGACACAGUUGGCCACACAGUCGCUUCUUAGAGAUCGACCUCAAGUGUUGUCCCAACCCAUGACUUUCGAGUCCAUUGUUUUCAGACGGGAUGUGAAUGUGGACCAACACGUCGAUAACGUGGACCUCAGUUCUCUCUCCAAUAAAGUAAAGCAGUUUACAAGUGUCGCCAACAUUACGAAGGAUUUACUGGUCGUUAAGGGUAAUCGACAUCAUUAUGUCUCUGACUAUCUCUUCAGUUCGUUAGAGAAAUCGCUUUUUGAAAUCGAUUUUUUCAAUUUAUAUCAAAAUCUCGAUGAGAUUCACGGAAAUCGUAUCCAAGUGUUUGAUAACAAUGUUUUCACUAUAAGUGAGACAAUCGGAAGUCCACCAAAAAGUUUUGCCAUUAAAUACAAUACACAUUCAGAACUAUUUGAGACAUCACUCGUGAAUCCAAAUAACAAUGUGUUUCACAAAACAUUUAUUUUAAACGGAGAGGAGUUUGUUACUCACUGGAGUCCCCACUCAUACAACUACUCGGCCCACAUCACCAGAUCGGGUCAAUUAGUGGCACCGAUCGGUCACUUCAUUAGUUCCGUCGAAGUCCUGAAGAUUAAUCCGACAAAUGCCGUAUUGGUGUCAUACCAGGCAAAUACAGGCAAACUAUUGGUACACUCACUGGAAAUGGUUGCAAACAAACCCAGGUUUACUCAAAUCACUGAAGCUUUAGUGGGAACUGAUACUUCCAAAGUGGUGGCAUUUUUGCGACAAAAUCAAAUUUACGUAGUGGUGGCCAAACACUAUGGGCUGAAUUGUGUGACCGAUAGCUCCGGAACUCUAGUACUAGUGCUCAGAAAUUUCCGAUCACUCGAAUUGAUUCAAACAAUUCCUAUCGUAAGUGUUGAAGAUAUGGUUCACUUUGAGGACUACGGCCGACACUAUUUAGCCAUAAGUGACGGAUCAUCCGCUAAGCAACCAAUUCAUGACCAAACCAUUCAUAUCUACAGAAGUGAAUUCUUUCAACACAAAUGCAGCUUUUCUUUGUUCCAAACGCUAUCAUUUGAUAACGCCAUCCAAUUGGGUGAAUCGGGUUUCAGUCAAAACUGGUUGCUGGACACGAAGAGUGCCACCGCUGUCCUCCCCGUUAUGGCCGCCAAUAAACUCUUCUUAAUUGUCAGUCAAAGUUACAAAUGUCACGAAUCUAUGAUUUUUAGGGCCGAAACACGAGGCAUAGAGUUGGCGCCUAUUGUUUUCCACACCAAAUACAAUUAA